AUGCCUCAAAUCCUAUUCAUCGGCGGCACCGGGCACGUUGGUGGCGCAGUCCUGCACAAGAUACUGGAGCAGCAUGCGGACGACGUCCAGGUAAAGGUUCUCGUCCGGGGCGAGGAAAAGGCUUCGCGCCUGGUCUCCAAGUACCCUCGGGUGCAAACUGUCCUGGGCGACCUGACGGACUACAAAAUACUCGAGGAGGCCAGCUCCCAAGCCGAUAUCGUCAUAAACGCGGGCCCGGAUAUAACCCACAACCUGGGGAUAAGCGCCAUCUUGCGCGGCCUGAAAGCACGCAAGGAAGGGUCAGCUGGAUCGCAGACGCCGUUUUAUAUCCACACCUCGGGCGCAUCUCUCAUCUGGGACGAGCCGGAGGGCUCGAAGGAGGCGAAAUGGUGGGACGACAUAGCCGACAUACCGGAGCUGUGCUCCCUGGAAGAGAAGCACACGCACGCUGUGACGGAUCGCAUUGUGCGUGAGGGUGCAAAGGAUGUCAAUGUGGCCAUCGUCUCGCCUGGCUUCGUGAGCGGGAUGAGCCCUUCGAUCGAGCACCCCACACCGAUCACCACACCCGCCAUCCUGACCACGGCGCGGGCUUUCAAAUCAGGAUUUCUGAUCGCCCAGGGCGAGAAUACGCACGCAUGGAUCCAUGUGAUGGACCUGGCACGUAUCUUCAUGAUCCUCGUGGAUGAUGCGCUUGCCACGGUUGUCGGAAAGCCCAUCAAGAGGGAUGCGGAUGUGCUGCCGCUAUGGGGACCGGAGGCGUAUUACUUCAGCACUGGCGAGGACAUCUCGUUCGCGGACUUCAUGAAGGGCCUGGUGCCGGUGCUGAAGCAGCAUGGUGUCAUCGAGAGCACCGAAACUAAAUCUGUGAACGUAACCGAAGCGGCGAGAAUCAGUCUCGCUGGGCCUGAUGGGGAGUAUGACCCGCUUGCUGCGCCGCCGCCUCCUGAUUCUUGGGCGAUGCAUAUUGCCAUAAUGUACGGGGUCAACAUGAAGAUUCGAGGAUCGAGGGUGGAGAAGCUGGGAUGGAAACCGACCAGCAAAGUGGUAGAUACUUUCUCCGAGGUAGUGUCUGAGUUCUUGCUUCGAGAGAAGCGGAAUGCUUAG